AUGCAGGCGCUUCCCGACUCCCGACAGCAGAGCUUCGAGGAAAUCUACGGCCCGCCGGAGAACUUUCUCGAAAUCGAGAUUCGCAACCCCAGAACACACGGCAUCGGCCGCUCCAUGUACACCGACUACGAAAUACUCUGCCGCACCAAUAUCCCCGCCUUCAAGCUGCGCCAGAGCAGCGUCCGUCGCCGAUACUCGGACUUUGAAUACUUUCGCGACAUUCUCGAGCGCGAGAGCGCCCGCGUCACCAUUCCCCCGCUGCCCGGCAAGGUCUUUACCAACCGCUUCAGCGACGAUGUCAUCGAGGGCCGCCGCGCGGGUCUAGAAAAGUUCCUCAAGAUUGUUGUCGGACACCCGCUGCUGCAGACGGGCAGCAAGGUCCUCGCGGCCUUUGUCCAGGACCCGAAUUGGGAUCGUAAUGCGUGGUAA